CCAAAGCCAGCAGGCGGAGCGCUACAGUCUGUUCCAGACGGGCGCGUGAGGAAGAAACACUGAAGGCAAUUCGUCCUAAAAGUGAUCUCGCAGACCAAGAGGGAAAAACUCUUUAGCGUUUAGGAUGGCAUGGACGCAGAAUGUACGCCUUCAUGAGGGAUUUUCUGAGAAGAGAAUACGAAGAGACUCUGCGGAAACUGCUGUUCUUCUCAUGUCAGCUGGGAACACGCCAUAACCUGACUAUAUUCUUCAAAUCUCCAACGCGGAUGUAAUGAAGUCACGGGCUCUCCGCUGCACUACUCCGCUGACAUUUCUGAAGAACGCUUCUGGUUUUUGUUGCGCUUAAAUUCUGCAGAUCUUCGGGCUUCAGUCUGCACACUGUGGGCUACGGUAUGAAGACUCUUCCCGCCUAACCGCCUGAACUAAACAAGCUAAUGCCCGCAGCAGCAGCAGCAGUGUGUAUGGGAAAGAGAAGGGGCCUUUUUCCAUUACGUGGAUACUGUAUUUUGUCCGGAAGAAGGAGAACCGUGUUAUCAUACGAACAAAUCCACGGUGAGAAGCGAGGACAGGACACACACUGACUGGAGGAGAUCAACUUUGUGAAUCGGUUUUGGCGAAGAUGACUUUGGUGGACAUUUGAUGCACCUGGCCUCUUCCCUCAUCAUCCUCCAUUUCCUUCAUCAAGCAUUGCUCUCCUACGCUCUCCAGGAUGCUAAUCAAAGAAUACCGUAUUCCCAUGCCUCUGAGCGUGGAGGAGUACCGGAUUGCUCAGCUCUACAUGAUCCAGAAAAAGAGCCGUGAAGAGAGCUGUGGUGAGGGAAGUGGUGUGGAGAUCCUGGAGAAUCGGCCCUACACAGACGGACCUGGAGGAACCGGUCAAUACACACACAAGGUCUAUCACAUAGGCAUGCACAUCCCUAGCUGGUUCCGUUCCAUUCUGCCCAAAGCUGCUCUCCGGGUGGAGGAGGAAUCCUGGAAUGCAUAUCCAUACACACGCACACGAUACACUUGUCCAUUUGUGGAAAAGUUUUCUAUUGACAUUGAGACGUACUACAAAUCUGAUACAGGAAACCAAGCAGAUGUUUUUAAUCUUUCUCUAGCCGAGAGAAGACAAAGAACACUAGAUCCCAUAGACAUAGUGAAGGACCCAAUCCCACCUCAUGAGUACAAAGCAGAAGAAGACCCACGUAUAUACCGCUCCAUCAAGACCAGUCGUGGGCCUCUUAAUGAUGACUGGAUUGAAGAGUUUGUGAAAGAUCCCAGUAAAUCACCUGUUAUGUGUGCUUACAAACUCUGCAAAGUGGAGUUCCGCUACUGGGGCAUGCAGUCCAAGAUAGAGCGCUUCAUUCAUGAUGUUGGUCUGAGGAAGGUGAUGGUGCGUGCCCACCGGCAGGCCUGGUGCUGGCAAGAUGAGUGGUAUGGUCUGACCAUGGAAGACAUCCGGCAGUUAGAGCUGGAAACCCAGCUGGCCCUGGCCCAGAAAAUGGCUCAAUAUGCUGAAGAGGCAACAGAGGCUAAUUGCGUGGGUGACUCCUUCCCAGAGAAGAGCCGGGAAACACAGGACACUCUGAGCCCAAGCCCUGGACAAGAGGUUGUGGGAGUGGACACCCUGCAGGCAAGAGGCACACUGACCAAGCAGUGGUCUACAUCCUCCAGGUCCUCCAGAUCGUCUAAGAGAGGAGUGAGUCCAUCCCAACAGAGUAUCUCAGAGUGGAGGAUGCAGAGCAUUGCUCGUGAUUCGGAGGAUAACUCUGACGACGAGUUCUUUGAUGCCCAUGAAGACUUUUCAGACAAUGAAGAGAUCUUUCCUAAGGAGAUUGCCAAGUGGAACUCUAAUGACCUCAUGGAUAAGAUUGAAGCAGGGGAUCUGGAAGAAUCCACAGAAGAGCUGUACCAGGAGAUGGGGGAGUACGCAAGGACAGCGAGUGAGGAGAGGCUAGAUGAGAUGCGUGGCACAGCUAACAUCCCCAUCAUCACCAUAACCAGGCACCAUUCUGACGAAUUGUGUCCGGAAUCCUUGCAGUCCUCUAAGAUCCAUGUCUUGAUCCUCGUUCUUCAUGGUGGGAAUAUUUUGGAUACUGGCUGUGGGGAACAAAGUUCCAAGCAAGGCGAUGUCAACACCAUCACCAGUGCUUUCGACACAGUGAUGCACGUACACUAUCCUUCUGCCCUGGGCCAUGUUGCUAUUCGCCUGGUGCCCUGUCCACCCAUCUGUGCUGAAGCCUUUUCCUUGGUGUCCAAUCUGAGCCCAUACAGCUAUGAUGAGGGCUGUUUGUCCAGCAGUCAGGACCACAUCCCUCUGGCUGCUCUGCCCCUCCUUGCCACAUCCUCUCCACAGUAUCAGGAUGCUGUAGCAACUGUAAUCAGCCGAGCCAAUCAGGUCUAUUCAGAUUUCCUCCGCUCUCUGGAUGGGGCUAGCUUCUCAGGGCAGGUGUGUCUGAUAGGAGACUGUGUUGGGGGAAUUCUGGGGUUUGAUGCUCUCUGCAGCAGCAGCCAAACAGUGUGUGAAAGCCAAAGCAGUAGUCGGCGUGGGAGUGUGGUGAGUGUUCAGGACCCAGACCUUCUGUCCCCUGGAAUCAUCAUCAACUGCAGCCAUGACACAUCCUCACUGGUUAGAGAGUUAGAGAGUAGCUGGCAGCUCAGCCGCAGUAAUAUCGAUAUCCCCCACUUUGGUGGUCCUGAUGACUCUAAAAGGCAACUCCACCGAAAGAAGAGUGACUCCUCCACAUAUGAAAUAGAUACAGUUAAGCAACACCAAGCCUUUCUGAGCAGUUUACACUCCAGUGUACUCAGACAUGACCCUGGCUCACGCAGAUCCAGUAACAGCACAAUGUUGGAAAGUGGAGCGUUAGGGAAGUUUGACUUUGAAGUGACCGACUUCUUCCUCUUUGGCUCCCCUCUGGGUCUGGUCCUCGCCCUUAGGAAGACUGUAAUUCCCAUGCUGGAUGUGGCUCAGCUGCGUCCUGCCUGUCAGCAAGUCUACAACCUGUUUCACCCAGCUGACCCAUCUGCCUCCCGCUUGGAGCCCUUGCUGGAGAAGAAGUUCCACCUGCUCCCUCCGUUUAACGUGCCCCGCUACCAGCGCUUCCCUCUGGGGGACGGAAACUCUGCUCUGCUCGUGGAGACAGUACAAAGUCACCCUGAGCUGCUGCUGGAGAGUGUGCAGCGCUGUCAGGAAGUUCUCAGUGAGACCUGCAUCUCCGUGCCUGUGCUCCAUUGCCCUGAGAACACAUCCAAGGCCACAUCCACAUCUCUCGACUCGGAUAUUGUUCAGUCUCAUGGUGGUGUCUUCAUGGAAAGUUCGUACCCCUCUUCCCCCAUAAUGGCCCCUCAGUGCCUGGGCCCAGUACGGCGUGCCAGUGAGGUCAGCAUUGCCAGCCAGGUCUCAGGGAUGGCAGACAGUUACACUGCCUCCAACAUAGCCAACACACCAGAACUAGAUCCAGCCCCUGAUCUAGAAGCUGAUGCUGAGGCAGGUCCAUGUUCUCCGUUGGGUUUUCAGCGAACCAACACCGCUUCCUUGGAUUUUGCCAUGUGUGAUCUGGUUUCUAUGGAUUCACAGCCGGACAUUGACCAAGUUGCUGCCCGCUGGUGGGGCACUAAGCGUCUGGAUUUUGCUCUCUACUGUCCUGACGCCCUGACAGCCUUUCCCACUGUGGCACUGCCCCACCUCUUCCAUGCUUCAUACUGGGAGUCCACUGAUGUUGUCUCUUUCUUACUGAGACAGGUGAUGAGGCACGAGAGUUCCAGUGUUCUGGAGCUGCAUGGCAGAGAGGUGUCAGAGUUUACACCCUCCAGGCCGCGUGAGAAGUGGAUGAGAAAAAGAACUCAUGUAAAGAUUCGACAGAAUGUGACGGCCAAUCACAGAGUAAAUGAUGCAGUGUUCACAGAAGAUGCACAGAAAGUCGUGACAGGGCGAUUUAUGUAUGGACCACUCGACAUGGUGACCUUGGCUGGUGAGAAGGUGGAUAUACUUAUCAUGACCCAGCCACCUUCAGGGGAAUGGGAAUACCUUCAUACAGAAGUGACCAACAGCAGCGGCCGUAUCUCGUACACCAUUUCAGAGCAAGAGGGAAAGCGACUGGGUGUUGGCGUCUACCCAAUUAAGAUGGUAGUAAGGGGUGACCACACAUUCGCUGACAGUUAUCUGACAGUGCUCCCACCUGCCACUGAAUUUGUGGUGUUCAGCAUCGAUGGCUCGUUUGCUGCUAGUGUAUCCAUCAUGGGCAGUGAUCCUAAAGUGCGUGCGGGUGCAGUGGAUGUGGUCAGACACUGGCAGGACCUGGGCUAUGUGAUCAUCUAUGUGACGGGUCGCCCGGACAUGCAGAAGCAACGAGUAGUGGCUUGGCUCUCCCAGCACAACUUCCCUCACGGCAUUGUGUCUUUCUGUGACGGCCUUGUUCAUGACCCUCUUAGACACAAGGCCAACUUUCUGAAGUCCCUCAUUACUGAGGCUCAAAUGAAAGCCUGUGCAGGUUACGGCUCCACCAAAGAUAUCUCUGUGUACACCUCCGUUGGUCUGUCCCCCUCUCAAAUCUACAUUGUUGGUCGACCAUCCAAGAAGAUGCAGCAUCAGUGCCAGUUCAUAACGGACGGCUACGCGGCCCACCUCUCUCAGCUGGAGUACACGCAGCGCUCCCGUCCGGCCAAAGCCAGCAGCACACGUAUGGUCCUGCGCAAGGCCAGCUUCGGACUGGGUGCCAACACUGACUUCUUGCGCAAGCGUAACCACGUCCUGCGCAGCAUGUCCUCUCAGCCAACGCCCAGCUCACCCACCAGUGUUCACAUGAAGCCGGAGCGCACGCAGAGCCAGUCCGAUGGUGAACGGAUGCAGACGGAACGGGUGGAACGUGGCCAGGCCCAACGGAGCAUGAGCCUGGCGGCUGGCUGCUGGGGGCGCAGCAGCACAUCCAAAUUGGAGUCACGUUCUUUGCACCACAAAAGCUAGAGGGAAUAGGAGGGGCUGGAAUUAACAGGUUGGGCUUCAGGCUAUUAAAAUAACUGUACCAUUUUCAGCCAAACCUCUGUGUGCCAUAUCUGUUUAAUAUAAUCAUAUAGCACAACACAAUGUCUCAUUACACGGUUUUAUACAGUGUUUUAUCAAACAGGGAAAAAUGCAGUUCUUUAGCUUUUUUAGUAUUCAUGCAUGAUCAGGCAGAGCCUGUGAAAAUGUGCCAUAACUCAUGAUCAAUUAAUUUUCCUUCUAGAAAGCUUCUAGAACGUUUUUUCAGCUUCAUUAAAAUACCUUUGACUGAAGAAAAAUGUAUUCUAUAAAAGCAUGCAGUUUAUUGACAGGUUUGUUUAAUGACUUCUUUUAUAAGUGUACUCUCGGAAGGGUAACGUCUGUUACUAGACAAUAAGCUAGUAGAGGUUAGAUAUAAAAAAAUGAAGAAAUGCUGGAGUAUUUUUUAAAAUACCAACACUGACUCCUAACACAACAGAUGGAAUCAGCUUGUCAAAGGUCAAAACUGAUAAAUUGGCAGCAGUAGACCCUACAGUGCUACAAAAUAUCUACAGAAACUACAUCCAGCAUGAAUGGAGUGUUUAUGCAGUCCAUUGGACUAUUUUUGAGGGACUAUUUUAAGAGUAGGAUCAACAUGGGAAAAUCUGAUUAUGUUACUAUUUUGGUAUUUAAAAAAAAAAACAUUAUGUUCAAUUCCAUCGCACAUAAAACCUCAAACCUCACCCAGACUGAUUGCUCCACUGAAAUUUUUUUUUUCCACUCUUCAGUCCAAUCCAAGUGCGAGCCAAUUUCUGUAUUUUUUUGUCAACUGUGUUGAAAGCUGGUUUAUUGUGUGAGUGUGUGUUCAAGAGAGAAAGAGAAAGCAAUUAAUAGUAUAUUUAUGAUUUUAGCUUUAAUCAAUCAGUUUUACAGUUUUUUAAGCUGCUGCUCUGUUGUAGGCUGUUCUGUAUGGGAUAUUAUUUGUGAGUGUAAGUAAAUAUGCAAUGUGAGCGUAUCUGUAUAAUUAUGAAGCACCAUAUGUACACUGGUUUACAAAAAAAGGUCAACAUUGGGAUCAUAUUUAUCUUUUUGCCCAUAUUAGUUAUGAUUCAUAAGGGUGAUUUCUGCAGGAUUUACUUGACAGUUUAUUGCUCAAGAGAGUACUUCGUUUUUGCUGCGUUGUGCAUUACUGAUACAUAUUUAUAUGCAAUUUUUAGUAAAAGUGAAUAGACUCUUUUGGCGGGUAGAAUAUUUUUGAUGUUGCUUUGUUUAUUCAUGUCAUAAGAAGUGUCAUUAAUGGCUUGGGUAAGCCUUUUUCAAUGCACAAGCCCUUUUAGAACUGUUUCUUGGCUGCACCCAAAACAAUGGAUGUGUUUUGAUGUUACACUGCAUUUAUAAGUAGUCUGUAUAGCAUCACUUUACAAGUUCACAUAUAAUAAAGAAUGGUCAAUAUUGUAUAGAUUAUGUAAAAAUGUAAAUGUAAUUCCGUGUUGGGAGUUGGUCAAUGUGAGGUUGUUUAUGUAUCUUUUUAAAGAUGGUGGAUCAUUUGAGGUUUAUAGUGCUGAAAUAAUUUAAUGUGAAUUAUUGCAUAUUACUGUACCAAAUGUUGGUCUGGUUAUGUUUAAUAAGGUGCCCAAAUGACUGCAAAGAAACAGCAGUUUACUUUGAACUCAACAUAUAGUCUGUUUUCCUGCCGCUGCAGAGGGGAGGUUAAGAGGCUCCAACAAGUGUUCUUUCUAGUUUGUGGUAAAAAACAUUCAGAUCUUACCGAAAGCUCAAAUGUAAUAAUCUUAAUUGCCUCCAAUGCAGAAACCAGAGUGAAUUGAACCAAUUGCUUUUUAAGUUUUUUUUUUUUUCGCUCACCCUAUUGCUGAAAAUAAAAAAGGCUACUGUAAAUAUAUAGCAUCUAUUUCAGAACCUGGUAAUGCCAAAUCAGGUAAAACCCUGUCAUAGUCUUAAACCAAAGUGCCUCUUACCCUGAAAUCCCAUCACAUAAUUAUGCAUCUCAUAGGCACAAAAACAAAGUAUUAUUUCUUCACAAAUGGUUGAAAUAUUCAACAAUUCUAACUAAAUUAUCUUUGUCCCAGUAACCAGUUUCCAAUGUUGUGUUUUAUUGGUACAGAACAAAGCAGGCUUUCUUUACAGGGCAGUGAUUAUGCAUUUGUAAAUAAAUCAAGUUUCACUGAAA